UAUACACCCUCUUUUCCAACUCAAUUUUGAAACCCCACCACCAUCAACACGGCUUUUCACUCCUUCCGUUCUCUCAAAGAGAACUCCAUUUGUUCAUCCUGCCGUACCAAUAUGACGGUGGCCCUUCUGUGAUAUUGUGUUUCUUACGCUCCUUCACUGCCGACUACAGGCACACACACACUCUCUCUCUAUCUUUCGAGACUAUUCACUCAUUCCAUCUCCUACACGUUGCCAGGUGCGCCGUGUUCUACCGACUUGCUUCUUGUUCUAUCAUUUGGACUUCGUCCCGUGCGAUAGCCCACGCCUCAGAUUUGAGCGAUACUUUGGCCCACCAGAGCCCUUAAUUGCUUGAACUCCUUUGCGGCUACGACUCGAUUCCGACCGCCAUGCUGUCUCAAUACGCUCUUUCAGCAGUGGCGCUGCUAGCAUCGCUUGCCCAGCCUGCACUCGCUCAGGUUUCAACCAAAUGCAACCCGAUGAACACGACUUGUCCUGCCGACCCGGCUUUCGGCAUGGACUACAACUUCAACUUCAACUCGACACCGUCGAGCGAUGCCUGGGAGACGACUGUGGGACCUGUCAAGUACACCGCCGAGAACGGGGCCGAAUUUACCAUCAGCAAGCAGGGCGACUCUCCUACGAUUCGGACCAAGUUUUAUUUCUUUUGGGGCCGCACGGAAAUUCACCUAAGGGCCGCCAAAGGCAAGGGCAUCGUGAGCUCGAUGAUGUGGCUCAGCGACACACUGGACGAGAUCGACUGGGAGUUUCUCGGCAUCAAGAACGAUGCCCUGAGCAACUUCUUCGGCAAGGGUGUCGAGGAUUGGCAAAACGGCGACGAGCACCCUGUAACGGGAAGCAUCCAUGACGAAUUCCACAACUACACCUGUGUUUGGACCAAAGAGAAGCUCGAGUGGUGGGUGAACGGAAACAACGUACGGACUCUUCUCCCGAAGGAUGCCAACAACUCCCAAGCCUACCCCCAGACGCCCAUGCGCCUCAGCCUCGGUAUCUGGGCGGGCGGCGACCCCCGCAUGGCCAAGGGGACCCAGGAAUGGGCCGGAGGCGAAACCGACUAUGCCGCCGGUCCUUACACCAUGUACGUCAAGUCGGCGCAAGUGACAGACUACAGCUCUGGAAAGGAGUACUCUUUCGGGGAUAAGUCGGGUUCGUGGGAGAGCAUCAAGAUUACCGAGGGCAACUCGACAGUCAAGGAGGCUCUCCUGGCGGAACCAAGCAAGUCCGUCAGCGAGAAGUUCAAUGAGCUCAAUCCAACCGCGAAGACCGCAGUGUAUGCCGGAGGCGUCGGCGUCGGCUGCGCUCUCAUCGCCUUUGGUCUUUGGUACUUCAUCCGCCAGCGCAGGCGCGGUGCCGCCGAAUCAAAGCUUGCCGCUCAGAGGGCCGAGAACGAGCGCCUCGAGCUCGAGGGUUUCCACAAGCGCGGUGUCGACCCCGACUCCUUCGCCGGAUCGACGGGCACCGAGUACAACGCCGCGGAAUUCAGCAAGAACGGCAUGGUUCAGGAGAACACCUACAGCGUCCCCGCGACCCAGGAGAAGAAUGUCUGGGACGCCGCCCCCAUGGCUGCUGGCGCGGCUGGCGCCGGAGCCGCGGUCGGCAUGGCCGCGUAUAGCGAUUCGCCCAACGGCCGGGGACAAGUGCUGUCUCCGUUGCGGACGCAGAGCCCCGGCAUGCCGCCUUCAGGUCCGCUUCCCAUGGCCCCGAGCCGCAGCGCCUCCCACGGCGGAUACUCCAGGCUUGGGUCGCCCGACGGUCAACACAGCCCUCCGCCCAUGAGCCCACCCUCUCAGGGCUACAGCGAUCAUAGCUUCGGCGGCCAGCAGAGUUAUGGCAACGGUGGCCACGAGGGCGCGAACCAGGGCUACUGGAACAACGGAGGCCCCCAGGGAGGCUUCCGGUAACGAUGCCGUUGCUGUUCCCUUCAUGAACGUCUAACCCUUCUUUCCACCAACAAGUUUUGGGGGCCCCCCUCUUUCUGUUUCUCUGCGUCAAUCGUUGUUAUGCAUGAACAUCUAAGCAAUUCCUUGUUUCCGCUUCGAGCGAACGACAUGAAGAAAAGACAUGGAGAGAAACACCGCCGUUGACGGACUUGUUUCCUCUCCUCAUCAUCGCCUUUGCCAAGAUAUCCUGAAAUGCAUUCUCACCCCUCAUAAGGGCCUUAACGAAAUUCAAUAAAUGACUUAC